AUGUCAAUUGACACUGCAAAAGACUAUAUCACCACAGAAAUUCCUACCUGGAGCGUAAAUAAUACAGUCACUGACGCCAUUCACGAGUGGAAUACAGAUGUGUUCAGCAAAAUCAGGGUUCCCACCGAUAGCUCAGCUAACACUACAAACUUGAGGCUUCUCUACAGCUCACUUUACUUCAUGCAUUUGAUGUCCUCUGACAGGACGGGAGAGAACCCGCUUUGGAUCUCUGAUGAGCCAUUCUGGGACGACUUCUAUACUUUGUUCUCUACCCAUGUCUUGCAGCCCCCGUACUAUGAGUCAAUGAUCCGUGGCCUUAUUGAGAUCUACAAACAUCAAGGUUAUCUCCCGGAUGGGCGAUCCGGGAACUGGAACGGACUCGUUCAAGGGGGUUCCAACGGUGACAAUGUCCUAGCAGAUGCAUACGUGAAAGGCCUCCGUGGAAGUAUCAACUGGACGGAAGGCUACGCCGCCAUGGUCAAAGACGCCGAAGUAACCCCAUAUAACACCUUCGAUCCCACGGAUUUACACCCAGCACAAAAGAAGGUCGAGGUGCUCUCGAUGACUGGAAGGAACUUGGUUACAUAUCUGUUGACCAUAAUACACGCUGUAUUUCACGUACAGUUGAGUAUAGCCUCAAUGACUUCGCUGAGUCAAGUUGCUGCAGGGAUUCAGCCUGCUGACAAAGAGAAAUAUGUGAAUCGAUCCGCCGGUUGGCAGUUAAUUUGGGAUCAUGACGUGACAAGUUUGAACUUCACUGGGUUCUUGGCUCCUAGAUUUGCAAAUGGCUCAUAUCAGGACGGAUAUGACCCGUUGUACUGUGGAGGAUGUGAAUGGAGUUCUAUCGCCUAUGAAGGUGUUCCGUGGGAAUACACUUUUAGCAUACCUCACGAUGUUGAGACGCUCAUUGACUUCAUGGGAGGACCAUUUACUUUCGACUCAAGACUGGACAAAAUGUUCGAACCAGGCGUCGCCAAACAGAAUCUCGGGGUCAACGGAGCUGGCGUUACUACGCUGAUGAAUAUUGGGAACGAACCCGACUUUGGUACUCCCUUCAAGGAUGCUGCUUACGGGAUCCCUGGCAACAGCGACGCCGGUGCCAUGAACUCCUGGCUUCUCUGGCAGCUUGUCGGACUUUAUCCCAUUGUCACUCAACCCAAUUACUUGAUUGGAUCUCCUUGGUUCCCUGAGAUCAACAUGACGGUCAACGGAAACAAGACGCUGCGCAUCACUGCCACUGGAUCAGAUUACAACGAGGGUUCUUAUUACGUUCAGAGUGUGCGGGUGAAUGGUAAGGAAUGGGACAAGAAUUGGUUGACUCACAAGGACAUAUUUGUCGAUGGCGGAAGUCUCGAUUUUGUGCUUGGCAGGAAUAUGACACUUUGGGAGACAGGAGAUGCACCGCCAUCACCGGGGCAUGUCACUUUGUAA